AUGCCACCCAUCCCCAUAACCAUCGUCACCGGCUUCCUAGGCUCCGGCAAAACGACCCUCCUCCUCAACCUAAUCCCGCAACUCCCCCCGACGUACCGACUGGCGCUCCUCAAGAACGAAUUUGGCGACGUGGCUAUUGACUCGCAGCUCGCCUCGACGCAAUCCAUCUCCGGGGUCCGCGAGCUCCUGAACGGCUGCAUCUGCUGCAACCUCGUGGGUCAGCUCAGCGACGCGCUGGACCAGCUGCGCACGGAGGUCCAGCCGGACCGCAUCGUCAUCGAGACCAGUGGGAGCGCGUUCCCCGCGACGUUGGCGAUGGAGGUGAAUCGGUUGGCGCGCGAGCAGCCGGGCAGUCUGGUGCUGGACGGGGUGAUCAGUGUGAUCGAUGUCGAGAAUUGGCAGGGCUACGAGGAUACGUCGUAUACGGCGAAGCUGCAGGCGCGGUACACGGAUCUGAUCAUUUUGAAUAAGUGGGAGAAUGUGGGGGAGAUGCGGUAUGAGGUGUGUUUGGAUCGGUUGGGCGAUUUGGAGGUUGAGACGCCGUGGGUGAAGUCGGAGAAGGGGAGGGUCGAUAAGGAUGUGUUGUUGGGGAUUGAUGGCGCGUUGUUUAGUAAGGAGGGGGGAGAGGGGGUGGAUGGGGGGUUGGCGCAUCAUGACCAUGAGCAUAAGCAUGAUCAUCAGUCCGAGGUGGAGGUGCUCUCCGUGUCCUUGAAGACGACGCAGCCCGAGCAAACGGUCGAUGUCGCCGCGCUGGAGAAGCUGUUGGCGUCUGCGCCGCGCGACGAGGUCUACCGGAUCAAGGGCAUUCUGCGCUGCUCGACGCAAGCCCCGCCGGCCGAGUCGUCGGAGAACCUGGAGGAAAGGAAGCCGGCGAGCGAGCAGGCCGGAGCGACGGCAUACUACAUUCUCAACUGGGCCUUUGGUCGAUGGACGUUCACGCCAUCUACGACUGUUGCGGAGGGCGCCGAUCCCGCCGUGGUUGCGCGGAUGACGCUCAUCCUGGCGCGGAGCGAGUCGGCGAAAUGGAAGAAGAAACUGGAUGCCGGGGGUCUGGUACAGGUGGGCGAGACGAAUGAAGGUGCGGAAUUGGUGGUGGAGCGACUGGUAUAG